GCCGGCGGUCUGGGCGAGGCUGCGGGAAGCUGGGGGAGGCGACUUGGGUGUAGAGGGAGGGUCUUCGCCCCGUUUCCGGAGCCAGCGGUGGAGCUUUGUGAAGAUCCAGGCGUCGGGGGCUGCUCGGUGAUGAUGACAUCACCGUGUCGUACACGGGAGCCGGGCUGCCGGGGGGUUUGAGAGCAUAUCCAUUCGGGCCCCCCGGCGCUCACGCUCACACUCGCGCGCCCCGGCAGAGCCGCGCGCGCCGUCCACACUCGCGCACACACUGAGGCGCGCGCCGGCCAACCUCGCGCGCACACUUCCGCGGCGCUCGCUCCCCGGGCUCCGGCUCGGGCCCCGAUCCGCAGCUCCCCGCCGCCGCCGCCGCCGCCGCCCCGGAUGCCAGCAGCUGCUCCCAUCUGCAGUGCAGCAGCCCCGGCCGCCGGCCGGCCCACCCCGGGCUCCCGCUGGAGGAAUCGUGCCAGGACGCUGGCCCUACUCGCGGCUAGCCUGCUCGCCAGGGCGCAGCGAGGAUGGGAGGGUCGCAGUCUCUGCAGCCAGUCCCAGCCAACGACCUGAACCUGGAGGCUUCCGAGGCUAUGAGUUCUGACUCUGAAGAAGCAUUUGAGACCCCGGAGUCAACGACCCCCGUCAAAGCUCCACCGGCCCCACCUCCGCCACCCUCUGAAGUCGUCCCAGAACCCGAGGUCAGCGCUCCGCCUCCCCCAGAAGAACCAGGAUGUGGCUGUGAGCCGGUCUGUGUCCCCGAUGGCCCCCGCAGCAGCUCGGUGGAAGGAAGUCCUUUCCAUCCUCCGACACACUCCUUCUCCUCCGUCUUCGAUGAAGACAAGCCGAUAGCCAGCAGCGGGACUUACAACUUGGACUUUGACAACAUCGAGCUGGUGGAUAAUUUUCAGACCUUGGAGCCUCGCUCCUCAGACUCUAAGAAUCAGGAUUGCAAGGUGAGCCCGCGGAGGAAGUCCACAGACUCUGUCCCCAUCUCUAAGUCGACGUUAUCCCGCUCGCUCAGCCUGCAAGCCAGUGACUUUGAUGGUGCUUCUUGCUCAGGCAAUCCCGAGGCCGCGGCCCCGGCCCCAGAUGCACAUAGCACGGGUUCGAGCAGUGCUUCCAGUACCCUUAAGCGAACUAAGAAACCGAGGCCACCUUCCUUAAAAAAGAAACAGACCACUAAGAAACCCCCUGAAACCCCCCCAGUGAAAGAGACACAGCAAGAGCCAGCCGAAGAGAGUCCCGACCCCAGCGAAGAGAGUCGAAUAGCCGAGACAAAAGCGGAAUCCGCUAAGACGGAAGGUUCUGGACCAGCCUUAUCAGAGGAGGCACCCCUAGAACCUGCUGCUGUGCCCAAGGCUGCCUGUCCUCUGGACUCCGAGGGUGCAGAAGAGGCCAUCCCCCCAGCUUCUGGGGGUGGCAGAGUGCAGAACUCACCCCCCGCUGGAAGGAAAACAUUGUCUCCUGCCACGGCCCCAGAGGUGGUGGAGGUGUCCCCAUUGGAUAGUGGGGGGCAAGAGGACUCCCCAGCCAAAGGCCUCUCAGUGAGGCUGGAGUUUGACUAUUCUGAGGACAAGGGUAGUUGGGACACCCAGCAGGAAAACCCCCCUCCCACCAAAAAGAUAGGCAAAAAGCCGGUUGCCAAAAUGCCCCUAAGGAGGCCAAAGAUGAAAAAAACACCCGAAAAACUCGACAACACUCCUGCCUCGCCUACCAGAUCCCCUGAUGAACCCAACGACAUCCCUAUCGCUAAAGGUACCUACACCUUUGAUAUUGACAAGUGGGAUGACCCCAGUUUUAACCCUUUUUCUUCCACCUCAAAAAUGCAGGAGUCUCCCAAACUGCCCCAACAGUCAUACAACUUUGACCCGGACGCCUGUGAUGAGUCCACUGACCCCUUUAAGACAUGCUCUAAGACCCCCAGCUCACCUUCUAAAUCCCCAGCCUCCUUUGAGAUCCCAGCCAGUGCCAUCGAAGCCAAUGGAGUGGACGGGGAUGGGCUGAACAAGCCCGCCAAGAAGAAGAAGGCGCCCCUCAAGACUGACACAUUUAGGGUGAAAAAGUCGCCAAAACGGUCUCCUCUCUCUGAUCCACCUUCUCAGGACCCCACCCCCGUGGCCACGCCGGAAACGCCGCCCGUGAUCUCCGCGGUGGUCCACGCAACCGACGAGGAGAAGCUGGCGGUCACCAACCAGAAGUGGACGUGCAUGACGGUGGACCUGGAGGCUGACAAACAGGACUAUCCGCAGCCCUCGGACCUGUCCACCUUCGUCAACGAGACCAAAUUCAAUUCACCCACGGAGGAGUUGGAUUACAGAAACUCCUAUGAAAUCGAAUAUAUGGAGAAAAUUGGUUCCUCCUUACCUCAGGACGACGACUCCCCGAAGAAGCAGGCCUUGUACCUUAUGUUUGACACUUCUCAGGAGAGCCCGGUCAAGUCUCCCCCCGUCCGGAUGUCGGAGUCCCCGACGCCGUGUUCAGGCUCAAGUUUUGAGGAGACUGAAGCCCUUGUGAACGCCGGGGCAAAGAUCCAGCAUCCCGUUGCACGAGGGCUGGCCCCCAGCCAGGAGCCACACUUGCAGGUGCCAGAGAAAUCCUCCCAGAAAGAGCUGGAGGCCGUGGCCUUGGGCACCGCGUCGGAAGUGAUUGAAAUUACAGCUCCUGAGGGCUCCUUUGCCUCUGCUGAUGCCCUCCUCGGCAGGCUAGCUCAUCCAGCCUCUCUCUGUGGUGCGCUUGACUAUCUGGAACCCGACUUAGCAGAAAAGAACCCCCCAGUAUUUGCUCAGAGACUUCAGAGAGAAGCUGCUCACCCAACAGACGUCACCAUCUCCAAAACAGCCUUGUAUUCCCGCAUCGGGACGGCUGAGGUAGAGAAACCCACAGGCCUUCUGUUCCAGCAGCCUGACCUGGACUCCGCCCUCCAGAUCGCCAGGGCAGAGAUCAUAACCAAGGAGAGAGAGGUCUCGGACUGGAAAGAUAGAUAUGAAGAAAGCAGGCGGGAAGUGAUGGAAAUGAGGAAAAUAGUGGCCGAGUAUGAGAAGACCAUCGCCCAGAUGAUAGAGGAUGAACAGAGGGAGAAGUCAGUCUCCCACCAGACGGUCCAGCAGCUGGUCCUGGAGAAGGAGCAAGCCCUGGCCGACCUGAACUCGGUGGAGAAAUCUCUGGCCGAUCUCUUCAGAAGAUACGAGAAGAUGAAGGAGGUCCUGGAGGGCUUCCGCAAGAAUGAAGAGGUGCUGAAGAAAUGUGCGCAGGAGUACCUGUCGCGAGUAAAGAAGGAAGAGCAGAGGUACCAGGCGCUGAAGGUCCACGCAGAGGAGAAGCUGGACAGGGCCAACGCUGAGAUCGCCCAGGUCCGGGGCAAGGCCCAGCAGGAACAGGCUGCCUACCAGGCAAGCCUGCGGAAGGAGCAGCUUCGAGUGGACGCUCUGGAAAGAACGCUGGAGCAGAAGAAUAAAGAGAUAGAAGAACUCACCAAGAUUUGUGAUGAACUGAUUGCCAAAAUGGGGAAAAGCUAACUUUGAACCAAACGUUUGGAUUUUGACCAUUGCGUGCAAUAUGACCGUCGGCACACUGCUGUCCCUCUGGUUAUGUGGACAGGUUCUGUUUUCACUUUUUCGUAUGCACUACUGUAUUUCCUUUCUAAAUAAAGUUGAUUUGAUUAUAUGCAGUACUAAGGAGACUAUCAGAAUUUCUUGCUAUUGGUUUGCAUUUUCCUAGUAUAAUUCAUAGCAAGUUGACCUCAGAGUUCCUGUAUCAGGGAGAUUGUCUGAUUCUCUAAUAAAAGACAAAUCGCUGACCUUGGCCUUGCCCUUUGUACAUGAGUUUCCAGGGUGAGCGGCUUUUGGAUUUAAUAUGAUCAUGUACAGCUUGCAAAGGGACUCUUGCCUUAAGGAGUGUAAACUUGAUCUGCAUUUGCUGAUUUGUUUAAAAAAAAAAAAGAAAAUGCAUGUUUCAAAUAAAGUUCUCUAUUGUAAAUAAAUUUUUUUCUUUGGAUCUUGGCAA